GUCCGCCUAUGUAAUAGUUACGACGACAUGAUUUCCUAUUUAUCUUUCGGAGCUCCGGGAUUGUUUCCUCCUCCCGCAUUCUGUGCCCGGGUCGACAAAGGACGUGAACUUGAAGAUUUGGCACCCUGAAAUUAUCUUUCGCUCUCCGGGGUUGUCAUUGCAGAUAUGAUCACUGGUCUAUCAUUUGGGUUUAAAUGGAAAAAAGAGAAUAUCUUUUUGGAGCUCUCCGAAAUGAUCCAGAUGCCUUUACUGACGCCUUCAUAUCUGGGAUAAGGGAAAGACCCAAUCUAUUCCAGGUAGUUCUCCAUUCAGACACCGAUCCUGGACAGCGGUUCGAAUGCUUUGGAUCAGGAAAUGAAGCCUUGCCCGCAAUCCAGAUGAGGACCUUCGAAGCCCUGCCUCCCUCCAUCAACAACCACCCUCUAGGAGCUGGUAAAUGGCAAGUGCAGAGUGUUAGACUCUGUAUCCGCCCGGCGUACGCACAGUCCAUAGGGACAGUAUAUUUGCCUCCAUUCAUAGCAUUACAUAUACACUGUACAGUUUAUCAGCCACAUGCAGGCGACGGACGCGGGCUCCCUCAGUUGUUUCCUAUCCAACUGAGUAUUUACCUCUUAACAGAGAUCAGCAAUGGACCUCCUGUUUGGGACGAAACAGGGAAUCUGAGGUUAUCUCACAAGUUUGACCCGCCCUGACAGCUCUGGGUAGUUCUUCCACUUCAAAAAGGUGCUAGUGAAAUAUUUUGUCAUCUUGGAUACAGUUCCACAUAGACACCAUUCGAUUCUAGCGAGAGAGGUUGCAUGGGUUGCUCUUUGUGUUCAAGGGUUUGGAGAGAAUACAGUGACUCCAAAUAUCCACGAGCUUCAAACCGAUUGUUUGAAAAGUGUGCGGAGGAACGAUUCAGUUGGAAGCCAAGAAAUAGCUGUAGUAUAAAUAAAAUGAAAGAGGAUUGAGGUUAGCCCAAAUGUACUUAUAAUGUCUAGUAGUGGAAGUGAAUUUGGAUACUGUGGAGGACCGAAACCAAGAU